AGGGAGGUGACACUCCACUAGUCUUGGAUGGAUGAGGAAUGCACUAGAGAUGGCUCAGCCCGUGCACUGAGCACCCACAGUCUGCGGAGCUGCACUACACUGCGAUGGAGCCCGCUCGGGAGCAGCAUUAACCCUUUCUACCGCUCCACAAUCCUGCGAUGUGCGCGAUGCUGAGCGCCUCCUCCUCCAGUGCAGCGUGUGGUUCCUGCAGGGAUGUUAUGUGCGUCACCACACGUCAGCCCCAGCAUCUUCCUCCUUCUAUCAUUCACACACUGCCCCUCUCGUAUAGUGGGCAGCCCGAGGAGAGAACACGGAGCAGCUGCCUGGGGUGUAUGGACACCAUGCCCACCCAUCGCCACCUCCUGCCUCGCAACUUCAGCUGCACAGCGGUUCUCUAUGGCGAAAGCCCGGAGAGCCUAGAGGAUGAAGACGUCACUGAUGGUGAGGAAGAGACGGUGGAGAAGACCAAGGAGCCCAGCAAACCUGUCACCCGGGGCAGAGAGGUUAGUGUGGUGCCACAGAGCCCAUCUGCCCGCAGAAGAGCCAAGUCCUUACCCACAUCUACUGAGCGCAGGCACCUGGAGGUGGUGGCCCCAAGGAAAAAGGAGGUACGUUUUGCAGACUCUCUGGGGCUGGAGCUGACCUCAGUCCGGCACUUUUGCGAUGCUGAUAUGCCUAGAGUUCCUUACCAUGUUCUUGCAGGGUUGCGCUGCAGGGAAGCUUGUCCCGCGGGGGCGGAGCUUAGCACAUUGUUGCUCCGCCCCACUUCUCAACUGGAGCCGUUAUUUACCAACCCAGGCACAAAAGCAGACUUCCUAGACUUGGUGAGACACCGUAAGGUGUGCCUAGAGACCAUUCACACAGAUCCAUUCAGCAUCAGUGGAGAUCUCCGAGUACUUAAUCUGUCCUAUGAGAAGGAAGUGAUGGUCAGGUACUCAGUGGAUUCUUGGAGUACUUCCUCUGAAGUGAUGGCCACCUUCCAACGAGGAUUUAGUGACAGAUAUACCGACCGAUUUUCAUUUAAGCUGCUCUGCCCAACCCUGUUGAAUAAGGAGGAGGUGUUGGAGUUUGCCAUUCGGUACAAGGUUUGCGGAACAGAAUACUGGGAUAAUAAUGAUGGAGUAAACUACAAAAUCAAGAGUCAAAAAGCCACUGUCUCUCCACCAAAGGAGUAUGAGAGUGCAUGGAUUCACUUUAUAUAGCACUAUGGAGGGUUGGGGAAGGCACGGGAUUAGCUAGCCUUCAGAUCACUACACUAUGAUAGAAAAGCAAAGCUAGGGGCCCCCAUUGAAGGUCACUGGAGGUUGUGAGGUUCCAAGGAAAUAAGCUACGGUGCUGGGUCAUUAUUAGUCUAUAAUUUUGCCCAAUUUUGUUUGCUGUCGGGUCACAUGGUCUACGUUAAAUAGCCGUCACUGGAACAUGGGCCAUUGUAGAGGACAGUGAUCAGUAGUCUCAUACUGUACUCUAUACAAAAUAUGAGUUCCAAAAAGCAAUGAGGUUUAGUAAGCGGUUUGUAAAGAAACAAUUGUGAAAUGCCACAUUGCCUUCAAGAAGAGAAAACUUACAUAGCCACAAGAGCCCAGGAAAUGAUAACAGAAAUAAAGACUACCACCAGUGUCCAAUACCCUUUUACAAGGAUCAGUAAUCACGACGAGAUGGUCUUCUCUAAUGGACAAUGACCUAUAAUCCAAACUUCAAGACUGUUCUGAAAAACCACUCUCUCUAGUCACUCUUAUUGUAUACGGAAGACAACUAUCUGGAUAUGUCACCCAUUUUCUUCAGAACCUCAGUGCUGGUGAUAGUGAUUCAUUUUGAUGUGUUCCAAGAACCAGCAACCCACAUACAGUGAAAGCGGGCAUCUGUUAAUGCUGAAAGAGUAUUUAUCAGACUCGUUCAUUGAGAUCCGAGGCCCCCAUUGCCUUGUGACCCAAUGUUGUCACAUAUUCCAAUAGAAGUAGCUUGUCUACAUUCUCGUUCUGUUCAGUGUCUGACCCACUCUGUGUUGGUUGGUAAAGAUGGAAAUGUUUUUCAUAAUUCUGUAGUAACAUUACCACUCUAGUAGUAUUGGGCUUUUUUUUAACCACUUGUGUGCCCAGUAAACUAGUACCAAAAUGAUUAACAUGUUCAUUCACUAUGUGCUUAACCGCCCUGUGUAGGUGUAGAUCUAAAGUGUCAUGGCUGCCUUUCCAUGGCAUGGUGACACCAGUUAGGACGAUUUAUGGCUGUAUACAAGUUCUGUAAUAUGGCACCCACAGAGAUUUAUGGACCCAAAGUGUACCUCUACAAAGGCAUAUAGAGGGACAUUUAUCAAUGUUUGCUUACGUAUUCUUUUUUUUAGUAAUUUUUUCCUUACUUUUUUUUUUGCUUAUGUGUGACUUAUUUAUCAACUGCUUUCAGCCUGUUGAUAAUUUUCUUUCACGUAAGCAAUUUUUCCUUUUUUAUUUUGGUAGUAGCUUUUUCUGCUCCAUGUUUGAGCUGGAGUAAAUUUAGUCAAUUUUUAACGCUGUUGUGACUUUUUUUUGCGCAGUUGCGACUGUCGCAGUUAAUAAAUACCUGACUACCCGUAGUCCAUUUUAAAAUUAUUACUACAUAGUUAAUUUUUGGAAAACUUGCUUUUCUCGCUUUCCAGUCAAAAUGUCGUACGAAAAAUCGCGUAGUCGCAGUUGCGACAAUUUUGCGACAAUUAUAGUAAAGAAAACCUGACUAAACCUGUUGAUAAAUGUCCAUACUAGAGAAUAAAAAUGGUGUCAGGUCCCAUCAGAUGUCGUGGAGGCACCAUGCACAGUAGUACAGAACCUUAGGGAGUCCAUGUACCAUCAUGCUAGCUAUGCCAUGUGAAUGAAGCUUUGAAGGAGGAUGCUGAGCUGAUCAAGUGUUAAAGGGGUACUCCACUGACCAGCGUUUGGAACGUUUACUUCCGAACGCUGUGUGAG